UCCUCCUCCGAAGUUGAAAGGCAGGAGCAGCGCGGUGGAGGGGGCCCAGCUUGUCUUCCUAGUGGCUGUUGAUGCAACGUUUUCGUUCCCCCUUUUUUUCCACCACAUUAUUGUUAGUUUCUCGCUCGGUGUGAUAUUUUUCACUCCAACCUUUCCUCCACGAUGGCGGGGGCUAUUAUUGAAAAUAUGAGCACCAAAAAGUUGGUGAUAGUGGGAGUUAUUCUGCUUUUGUUCCAGGCGUUUGCCUUCAUGGUCGGCGGUUUAAUUGCUCCCAGCCCCACCACGGCGGUCCACUACUUGGCCACAAAGUGUGUGGACACAACCAAGCACCGACAGGAAACAAAAUGGUUCAUGCCUUGGGGUCCUAACCAGUGUGACAAGAUCCGGACCUUCGAUGAUGCCAUGGCCAAGAAGAUUGAGGCCAACAACAUUGUAUUCGCUGUCCACAUUCCUCUGCCCAACAAGGAGAUGAGCCCCUGGUUUCAGUUUAUGGUGGUCAUUCUGCAGUUUGACAUUGCAUUUAAGAUGUACAACCAGAUAGAGGAUGGAUCGAUGGCCACCAUUGAUGUGGGCCUGGCCUACAGAGACGACACAGUCAGUGAGUGGACAGAGAUGGCUCACUCUUUUGAACAUAGGAAGCUCACCUGCAACUUCACUACUUCCAAGACCUUUGAGAACGAGGGACGUUACUAUGAAUGUGACCUGCUGCCCUUCAUGGAGGUCGGGAGUGUGGCCCAUAAGUACUAUCUUCUCAACAUCCGCCUGCCUGUCAAUGAGCGUAAGAAGGUUAACGUGGGGAUCGGAGAAAUCAAAGACAUUCGUCUUGUUAGCAUCCAUCAGAAUGGAGGCUUCACCAAAGUGUGGUUUGCCAUGAAGACGUUCCUCACUCCCAGCAUCCUCAUUAUCAUGAUCUGGUACUGGAGACGUAUCACCCUCAUGAGCAGACCUCCUGUGCUGCUGGAGAAGGUAAUUCUCGCUCUGGGUAUCUCUAUGACAUUCAUCAAUAUCCCAGUGGAGUGGUUCUCUGUUGGCUUCAACUGGACCUGGAUGCUGCUUUUUGGAGACAUCAGGCAGGGUAUCUUCUACUCCAUGCUGCUGUCCUUCUGGAUCAUCUUCUGCGGGGAGCACCUCAUGGAAAUGCAGUUCUUUACAGCAUUGGUUCUGGGCAGAGGAGAAGUGGAGAUGUGUGAGAGCUGUGUGUCAGUCAUCAAAAUCUUCCCUGAACCUGACCUUCAUCCCACAAAAAACUCACAGGACCAGAUGGAGAGGAACCGUUUCUCAGUCUACUGGAAGCAGGUUGGCCCUAUCGUGUUUGGCUCCUUCUGCCUUUUUAUCUUUGACAUGUGUGAGAGAGGGGUCCAGCUGACGAACCCCUUUUACAGCAUCUGGGCGUCGGAUGUAGGAACUGAGCUUGCUAUGGCAUUCAUAAUUGUGGCAGGGAUCUGUGCCUGUCUCUACUUCCUCUUCCUCUGCUUCAUGGUCUUUCAAGUCUUCCGCAACAUCAGCGGUAAGAGGACGUCCCUGCCUGCCAUGUCCAAAGCCAGACGGCUGCAUUAUGAGGGUUUGAUUUUUAGGUUCAAGUUCCUCAUGCUGGUCACUCUGACCUGCGCUGCCAUGACUGUCAUCUUCUUCAUCAUCAGUCAGGUUAAUGAAGGCCACUGGCACUGGGGAGAGCACACAGUGCAGGUAAACAGCGCCUUCUUCACCGGCAUCUACGGCAUGUGGAACCUCUACGUCUUCGCCAUCAUGUUCCUCUACGCACCUUCUCACAAACGCUAUGGAGACGAACAGUCGAGUGGUCAGUGCAUCACUGGAGAUGCUGGAGGAAACAGUGGAGAGGACAUCCAGCUGACGACUACCAUCACCCACGUUGAUGGCCCCUCUGAGAUCUACAAGAUGACUGGCAAAGAGGCCCAGGAGUAGAUUUCACACUGUAAGACUUUAAGACUCCCCUCCACUACCUACUGCUCCAAUGAUCCCCUCCCUCGCAUAUGUAAUCAAACAGGCUUUUCUCCUUACACCCCCUGGCCCUAAAACGGGAUCAACAGUCCACCUUUGCAUGUACCUACCAGUCCCACAGUUACUGUCCUCUUGCAGCACCAAACCCUCAGCUGUGUGACUUGUUACGUGCCUCCCUGUUCCCAAUUGUAUCUCUAAAGGCUGAAUCUUAUCAACACUCCUUUUCAUUUCAUGGUAGAAUUUUGUUCUUACAUUUCAUACUUUAUGUAAACUGUGUUGUGUUUGUACAUGUUGCAUAAUGCUUUUGAGAUUUGAGUGUAAAGAACCAUUUCUUGGUGGUAGAAAGUUGCAUUUGGCAGCUGUCACACUCCUGUUUUAAAGCAAAAUGUGGUGAAACUUAGUCUUUUGUAAGAUGGUCGGCCACAUUUCUGUUUUAUUUUCUACUUAAGUCAAGGCCUUAGAGCCUUUCACUCAUACAUAUUACUCCAUAAAACUUAGAUCAUGUUGAGUACUGCUGUUAAAUUUGAGUUUUUCAAGUGAUGGAGAUCUUUUUUUAUAUCAUUGGGGGAAAUGUACAGGCCACAUAGCCACUUUGGGAAAUGCCUAUUGUACGUUCAUUAUGUUACAAUGUAGAUAUCUAUUUUUUAUAAAGUGCUUAUUUUCAACUUCACAAAAUAUAUGCAUCAAGCUCUAUCAAUGUUUUUGAAGUUGACUGUAACCCAUUAUACAUGGUUCUUAGUUUGGUUUUGGUUUUUAUGCUAAUUUAAAUAAAAAAACCUUUUACUUAA